AUGCUGGCGUUUGACACAUCUGUAGACCAGGUGGAUGAGAUUACUAGGAUGGGGAAAUCCACUAUCCUAGAGAGCUUGGUCAGAUUCUGUGAUGCAAUCAAAACUCUCUACACAAGGGAUUACCUUCGCAAACCUAUGCAUAGGGACUUCCAAAAGCUUCUACAAAAAGCUGAAGCUCGAGAUUAUGAGAAUAGGAAAGGGCAAAAAAGUAUUAUUGUGGAAGUCGUUGCAUCAUUCGAUACAUGGGUUAGGCAUGUCUUUUUCGGAGUUGUGGGAUCUCAAAACGACCUCAACGUGCUCGAUCAAUCUCCAGUGUUCAAAGAUGUUUUAAGAGGUCAAGCCUCUUAG